AUGUAUUCCUUCCAUGCUCUACAAGCAGCUCAGCGGAUAGUCGCAACCAGUCAAGCUUCGUUAGCAGAAGCCCAUGCUAGCCUGCUUCAAGUAGCAGUUGCGCAAGCUACAAUUCCGGCAGGAGCAGACGAGUUUACCAGGCGACAAGCUGCUAUCAACGUUAGUGCAGCCCGCCUUGCGGUCGAUACGGCGCAAUUGGCAGUUGACAGGGCACAAUCGGGUGUCCAAGUUGCAGUUGAAGCAAUCGGUGUAGCUAUUCAAGACGCAGAGCCAGCUCCUGCACCUGCUGAAGAUGAGGUCAUUGCUGGUGUUGAACAAGUCGUCCCUCGCCGCCCAUCCGAUUACUCAUACCAUGACUUCCAAGAUUUGAGGCCGCUCAUACCAAGAAUCUGGAAAGCAGCAGGUGGCAUUGGCACUUUCGAUGAGUCCGAUGGAAAUAACGUCUUGCAUGAAUUGUUUCGCAGCGGUUGGGUCAUCAGACGUAGAGAUCCCGGCGAUUCUGAAGGCACAUUUGAAGACCCACCUUUAGGGGAACCAUUGGAGGCAUAUUUGAAGAAGAACCACUGGUGA